GGUGGAAAGGCUGGCUACUCGAAAAGGAAGAUGCAGCCAAGACCGCCUUGAAACAGCUGAAGCUCUGGCAGUUGCGAAGAUCCAGGCUGAUUUCCCUUCCUCCAGCAGCCCAGACCUGGGAGUUAAGAGGAACUGACUAUAUAGAAGAUCACAAACAGGGCAUCCAAGUUAGCUACAUGUCAGUAAUAUAUGCUGAGGCAGUUGUAGACAACGUGGGUUAGGAACUCUCUACGGAACAGAGCGAUUGCAUUGCCUCACGUCGCAGCUUUUCGCUAUGUUCACUGCACAGGCUACCCUGCCUUCUGCAGUUGGGGACGCUGGCGGGUUGCUUCAGGGUCAGUGUGCCUGAGGCCGAUUGUUCUCCCCUUGAGGCGGGAGAGGAAAGGAGGCGGGCUCGCUGCGACCGAGCAGGCAGGAAGAGAGUAAUGGAGUCCGGUGCAGAUUCGACAGCCAAGGCCGCCAAGGGCCCGCCUUCUCCUCCUUCCCAGGGUGCCAGCGCAGCCCGCCGGCUCUGGAGAUUCAGCAACCUGAUCAUGGCCGUCUUCUUCGGGCUAGCGGGGGCCGUGCAGGUCAAUGACCCUGAUCCGGGACUCUGGAUAGUUGCUUACUCUGUACCUGCAGCUCUUACACUGGUUGUCAGCAUUAAUCCAUCAAUUGCAGAUAACAUUGUGUGGAGAAGUCUAUCGGAUCUACAUUCAGCUGCUUGUGUUAUGGGUUCUGCCAUCUUAGGGUACUCUCUGUUUGCUAAUUCUCAAAAGAACAUAUUGCAUGAGGAAGAAGGCCGGGAGUUAUUUGGUCUGGUGAUUGUUACUGUCUGGAUGAGCCUUUGUCGUAGUUCAGCCAAAACUCUGGGUGGGAUUCGCUUGGCUAUUGCCAUUUUUCUCUCUGUGUUUCCCUUUGUAAUGUGGCUGUACAUCUAUGUGAAUGCAGAGAUGCGGGCAUCUUGGCCAUCUCAUUGCAAAACAGUUAUUUAAGAAGGUGGAAAUGAACAAAUCAGUGUUUUAGUGCCAUUUGCUCAUGGCUGAAUCUUCAAUGAUGCAAAAUCGACAAGAGCCACAGGUGUGACCAAGAUCAGUGUGUUCCCUCAAAAAGCCAAGUUUUAAGAUUAUCUAUGAAGUUUUGGAAAGACUGAAAGUUUGGGGACAACUGGAGAGUGGAAUUCUCUAAGUCUUGGCCUAGAUUUCCAAGGAUACCUACAAAGAGUUGGCUCAAAUGAGACUAAAAUGAAUUCCUCUGGAAGCAGCUGGAUCCAAGAGGAGAUCUGAGCUUCCCAUUGAAGUCACUAGAGCUCAAAUUCAGAAGCAGCCUGGAAGGGACUGUGAUAGUUGUAUAUGUUUAUGGAAUGUAAAUAAAACUAGUAGUUUAGCA